GAGAGAGACGUCUACUUUCGCGAGAAUAAAAAAAAAAUUAGACAAAUAAUAUUGGCAAUACUGUUCAGUAACAUAAUCGUUAAAGGGAGACCGUGUGGUUCUAUAGUCUAACACAUGAGAGUUUUAUACCGAAUUAUUAAAAAUCUUUAUAAACGUUGUAAUUAAUAAGGUGACAGCGAUUACCGACUUAACAAGCAUGUCUGCAACAAUGCAUAAGGAAAUUGCUAAGAAGGUUCUGCAUCCAAAUAGUCGAAAAAUUAUUGCAAUUGCCAAGAAAACAAAGAAAAUAUCAAACAGACAAAAAACUAAACUAAUUGGUAUGGUGAAACAAAGCUUGGUAGGAGAGAAAAUAAUGUGGAUUCAACAGAAUAUGAUUCCUGGUGUAAGUCCUUACACUCCAGAACUCACAGCGGAAUUACUCUUAAAGUACAUUGGAAGAAACGACGAGGAACUUGAACAAAUUGCUAUUAAGCAUUCUGUAGGAGGAAAGAGAGGUAGACAACAUGCUAAUAGAGAGGAUGUAAUAAGGAUGACUAAGAAAAGAGAGCAGGAAGAGUUUGAUACUUGUGGAAUCGAAAUUCCUGACAUUUUAAUUCCUGCACAAUGUGAAAUGUUGAGGACGUGGAACGGUGAAUUGAGAUUUCUACCUAAGUUCAAGUUUCGAAGAUUUGGGAAAGUGCACUUGAAAAAUACGUUGCAAAAGAUAGAGAAGCAAUCGAGGACGUGUCAUUAUAUAAAUCUACUGCAUUGUCUGUGCGAGAUAUCAUUACAUAAAAACAGCACCGAGCCUUGCAUUUGUAGCAAAGCUAACGAUACCGAAAGUAGUGAUAUAAAAAAUAAAGAAUUAAACAGUAAUACCUUACUUGAAAAUAGUGAUGCACUUUAGGGCCAAAUUUCAACAAAAAUGAUUAACCAAUAAGUUACAUUAAAUGAUGGAUAAAUAAAUGAUGUCUAUUAUUUCUGUUAA